AUGAGCCAGUUCUCGGACUCCCGUCAGAACCCGGGGACUCCGCAGGACCAACUGCUGCUGUCAAUCUUUGCGCCUCCGGAAUCACAACCAAAACAGCAUGUUUCUGUCAGCAACUUGACCAAAAACUUGAUGUCGAGACCUCAGCUGCUCCAUGAUGCCCCACAACAGCACCACCACGCGGCGCCAUCUGACCAACUUCAGCGUAACCCUAAUCCUCCGCUGUAUUCCGCUUCGAUAUCGUCGUCACAUGGCCGGUUCUUGCCUGGAGAGUCGGUAGGAUCUAACUUUCCUGGUAGUCUCCCAGAUCCAGCAUCUGCAUCUACGGCAUCGUCGUUUUCCCAGACACAGGCAAACUUCUUUUCAAACAACGGCGGUUCACUGUAUACUCCGACCAACGGAAACAUGAACUAUAUCCCAUUGGGUCAUAAUACUCCCACAGUCGUGCUGACCUCCUACACCUCCAACUACUCGUACACACCUUCGUUCCACAGUGCAUCUGGCCCGAAUGACCAGACUACUGCCCAGUUUCAGCCGGGAUUUUUGAGUUCCUCCUACAAAGCUGCCCCUGGGAACCCCACUACUAAUGUUUCCAUGGAUUCUGCCAACCCAAACUUAUCUGUGCAUACUCCGUCGUCUCUGUAUCGAAACAGCGUGGCCCUGGGUCCUGCUCUGUUCAAGAACACGGAUCACUUUGCCCACCUGCUUCCCAACAACUCGUUUGGAGCUAGAACCAUGCAACCUCCUCCAAUGGCUAGAAUGACAUCUGACAACCUGGUCAGAAGUUCGACUGAGACCCACAGCCAACAGGCACAGAACCAGAACCAACUUAACCAAAAUAGCCAACACCAAAACCAAAAUCAACCUCAAAACCGCUCUGGGCCGGACUCUAUCAACAUUCCAGGACAAGGGAACACACAAAAUUUUUAUCAGGGAAGUUAUGGGUCACAGGGACUUGCACCACAGGAUACUCAGGGAAGCAUUGGUCUGAGCCAGAUGAACCAUGUAAAUCAAGGCCAGCCGUUCUUGCCCACUGAACCCGACCAUUACAUGACAUAUAAAGAGUACCUAGAAAUACUCAACAAACGGGAUGCUAACGUGCUGAGCGAAGACACAGGUUACGAAGAACAUUUGAACAUAGUGGAUUAUCCGGUUAACGAGUUGAUCACCAUGCUUGCAUGUCUAUUGACGAAAAUCAUUGAAGCUAACGAUAAACUUCACCCCAACCACUUCGAGAACACCAUUGCAAUUAGACAGAAGCUCAAGGAACAGAAGAAAAUUAGAAGAAUGCAGAGGCAACAAGAAAGUGGCGAGGAUGAUGAUAUGAACACUGUCACGAGCCAGGACGAUGCAAAUGAUGUGGCAUCAUCUGAUGACGAAGAAGACGAAUUAAAGAAUCGAUACUUAGCUAACGUUUUAGCAUUUCAUGGUACCAAUAUCCCAGGAAUUUCGCUUCAUGCGUACCUCACUAGAGUGCUCAAGUACUGUCCUGUAACCAAUGAGGUAUUCUUGUCACUUUUGGUGUACUUCGACCGGAUUGCAAAGAAAGCUAACAAUUUGCGCAAGAAGAAGAAGGACGACGAGGAAGACAAUGACGACACCGAGCAACUAUUCGUGAUGGACUCUUAUAAUAUCCACCGUCUCAUUAUUCUGGGCAUCACUGUGAGCUCGAAGUUCUUUAGCGAUAUUUUUUACAAGAACCUUAGGUAUGCGAAAGUUGGUGGGUUGCCCUUAGAGGAACUCAACUAUUUGGAGCUACAGUUUUUGCUCUUGCUUGACUUCAAGCUCAUGAUUUCCGUGGAAGAUCUUCAAAAUUACGGCGAUUUGUUGCUCAAGUUCUGGAAACGAGAGCAGUUGGCCAACGAGCUAGUCAAUGGCACAAAAAACAACGAUGCGCCCCCAAUCCCUGGAAUGUGA